AUGAGGAGGGACAAUGUGACCUGGGUGCAUGAGUUCAUCCUAAUGGGCCUCUCCAGUGACAGGCAGACCCAGACUGGACUCUUUGUCCUCUUUGGGGCUGCCUACCUGCUGACCCUGCUGGGCAAUGGGCUCAUCCUCCUCCUCAUCGUGCUGGAUGCACGACUCCACCUGCCCAUGUAUUUCUUCCUCUGCAACCUCUCACUCGUGGACAUCUGCUACACCUCCAGCGGGGUCCCCCAGAUGCUGGCGCACUUCCUUCUGGAGGAGAAGACCAUCUCCUUUGCCCGAUGUGGAGCCCAGCACUUCUUUUCCCUGGCCCUGGGUGGGACUGAGUUUCUGCUGCUGGCCGCAAUGGCCUACGAUCGCUAUGUGGCAGUCUGUGACCCCCUACGAUACAUGGUAGUGAUGAGCCCAAGGCUCUGUGUGACACUGGCAGUCAUCUCUUGGCUUGUAGGCCUGGUUAAUUCUGCCGUGGAGACAGCAGUCACCAUGCGCCUGCCCACCUGUGGGCACAAUGUGCUGAACCAUGUGGCCUGUGAGACACUGGCACUGGUCCACUUGGCCUGCGUGGACAUCACCCUCAACCGGGCGAUCAUUGUGGCCUCCAGCGUGGUGGUGCUGCUGGUGCCCUGCUGCCUGGUCUCACUAUCCUACAUCCUCAUUGUGGCCGCCAUCCUGCAGAUCCACUCCACCCAGGGACGCCGCAAAGCCUUUGGGACCUGUGCCUCCCACCUCACUGUGGUCUCCAUGUCUUAUGGGAUGGCUCUCUUUACCCACAUGCAGCCCCGCACCAUGGCCUCAGCUGAGCAGGACAAGGUGCUUGUGCUCUUUUAUGCAGUGGUGACUCCCAUGUUGAAUCCUCUCAUCUACAGUCUGCGGAACAAGGAUGUGAAGGCUGCUCUGAGUCGAGUUCUGGUGAGGAGCUCUGAAGUAAAACAUUAG